GAUUUUUCGCUUCCACUGGCAUAGGUUUUGCCCUCUAUUCCAAGGUGACCGUGCAGCAGGAUGUCCUUGACCGUUGGGCCGUCCUCUCCCCUCCUCUUUACAACACCACCCCCAUUCCACUCAGCCACCCCUAUAUUCUCAUCUGUGGAGCCCAAUGCUACUGCUUGCCAGGAGUGGGAGCACACCCACCAUCUUCUCUUCCACCUAGGCAACAUGUCUCUGCUGAUGGGCCUGGUCAUACCCACCACGAUUGGUCUGCACAUGAUCCUGCUUCGCCUUCUUCUCGCGACAGGAUGUGGCUUCUUCAUUGCUUGGGCAACUUUGUACAGGUGUAACAUGGACGUGAUGGUUUGGAAUGUGGUUUUCCUGGUGGUCAACUUCAUGCACUUGUUGUUUCUCUUGUACAAACGUAGGCCGAUUAAGAUCGACAGGGAGUUGAGGUCCGUGUAUAAGCGGAUGUUUGAACCCCUACAUGUCCAUGAGGCUCUGUUUCAGCGACUCACGGGUCAGUUCUGCACCAUACAGGCACUGAAGAAAGGCCAGGCCUAUGCUGCAGAGGACAAGACCUCUGUGGACGAACGACUCAGCAUUCUUCUCAGAGGGAAGAUGAAAGUAUCCUAUCGAGGGCAUUUUCUUCACAACAUCUACACCAAUGCAUUUAUUGAUUCCCCAGAGUUUCGGUCCACUUUAAUGCACAGAGGAGAGAAGUUCCAGGUAACCAUUGUGGCAGAGGACGACUGCAAAUUUCUGUGUUGGUCUCGGGAGAGACUCACCUACUUCCUGGAAUCAGAUACAUUCCUUAAUGAGGUGUUUAGGUACCUCAUUGGUAAAGAUAUUACCAACAAGCUCUACUCUCUCAAUGACCCCACACUCAACGACAAGGCAGUGAAGAAGAUGGACCGCCAGCCCAGUCUCUGUUCCCAGCUAUCUAUGAUGCAAAUGCGGAACAGCAUGGCCAGCACCAGUGACAGUGAUGAUGUCCUUAAUCAGAUCCUAAGAGGAGGAUCUACUGGAGCCUCCCUCCAAAAAUCACCAGUUGUCAAGGACUCUGCAAAAAUGAAGCCGAUUGAAGAAGGUAUGGAGGAUGAUGUUUUUGCUGAUUCUCCUCCCAACAAGCCCUGCUGUCCUUCCAGCACAUCCACUGAGGAAGUGUAACUGGGGGAAACAAACACACACACACACACACCAGCAAGAAAAUAAGACAGCAUCCAAGACAAAUUACAUUAUCGAUGCCAAGAAUAAAAGAUGAAAGAAACAAUUUAGACUAGUCAUUUUUGUUGUAAAAUCGUAAAUUGAAAUGUAUUUUGUUUUAUAUAUCGGAUGUCAUCACUCUUUAUGUUGUGGACAUUUUUCAAUAACUAGCAAUAUUUUGGUCAGUGCAGUGCCUGUUAAUUAAAGUUGAUUAAAUUCUA